AUGAAUAACUCAACAAACUCAACUAACAAUGGCUUGGCUAUUACCAGUCCUUACAAGACAUUUGAAGUGGUAUUUAUUGUCCUUGUGGCUGGAUCCCUCAGUCUGGUGACCAUCAUUGGGAACAUCCUGGUCAUGGUUUCCAUUAAAGUCAACCGUCACCUUCAGACAGUCAACAAUUACUUCUUGUUCAGCCUUGCCUGUGCUGACCUUAUCAUAGGUGUUUUCUCUAUGAACUUGUACACUCUCUACACUGUGAUUGGCUACUGGCCUCUGGGACCUGUCGUAUGUGACCUUUGGCUAGCCUUGGACUAUGUGGUCAGCAACGCCUCUGUCAUGAAUUUGCUCAUCAUCAGCUUCGAUAGGUACUUCUGCGUCACAAAGCCUCUGACCUACCCAGUUAAGCGGACCACCAAAAUGGCAGGCAUGAUGAUUGCAGCGGCCUGGGUCCUUUCCUUCAUCCUCUGGGCUCCAGCCAUUCUCUUCUGGCAGUUCAUCGUAGGGGUGAGGACUGUGGAGGACGGGGAGUGCUACAUCCAGUUCUUUUCCAAUGCCGCCGUCACCUUUGGCACUGCCAUCGCGGCCUUCUAUCUGCCUGUCAUCAUCAUGACUGUGCUGUAUUGGCAUAUAUCCAGGGCGAGUAAGAGCAGGAUAAAGAAGGAAAAGAAGGAACCUGUGGCCAACCAAGAUCCAGUGUCUCCAAGUCUGGUGCAAGGAAGAAUUGUAAAACCAAACAACAACAACAUGCCGGGUAGUGACAGUGCUCUGGAGCCCAACAAAAUUCAGAACGGCAAGGCUCCCCGGGAUGGUGUGACUGAGAACUGCGUUCAGGGAGAGGAGAAGGAGAGCUCAAACGACUCCACCUCGGUCAGUGCUGUGGCCUCCAACAUGAGAGAUGACGAAAUAACCCAGGACGAAAACACAGUGUCUACUUCUGUGGGCCAUUCCAAAGAUGACAACUCUAAGCAAACGUGCAUCAAAAUUGUCACCAAGACCCAAAAAGGUGAUUCGUGCACCCCAGCUAGUACCACUGUCGAACUAGUAGGGUCAUCAGGUCAAAACGGGGAUGAGAAGCAGAACAUUGUGGCGCGCAAGAUUGUGAAGAUGACUAAGCAGCCGGCUAAAAAGAAGCCUCCUCCGUCCCGGGAAAAGAAAGUGACCAGAACAAUCUUGGCUAUUCUGUUGGCUUUCAUCAUCACCUGGGCGCCAUACAAUGUCAUGGUGCUCAUCAAUACCUUCUGUACACCCUGCAUCCCCAAUACGGUGUGGACAAUUGGCUACUGGCUCUGUUACAUCAAUAGCACCAUCAACCCUGCCUGCUACGCACUUUGUAAUGCCACCUUCAAAAAGACUUUCAAGCACCUCCUUAUGUGUCACUACAAGAACAUAGGCGCUACACGGUAA